AAAAGUCAGCGCAAUCGUUUAGUAAGAAGCUAUAUCUAAAAGAGCCGACAUUACGCCUUUCAGUAUCAAACGGCCGUGUGGUGGGUACAGGAAUGGUGGUAGAAACGAAACGUCGUAUUCUAAACUAUCACCGGAACAACGUUGAAGCGCGCCAAGAAUUGAAUAUCCAACCACGUUGGAACUAUGAUAUAAGCCGACAGCUUAAGGAUCUUGAAACGCGUCAAAGAUGGACUAAAGCACGUGCCAUGGGCCGAGCUCAGCACGACAGCGUCGGCCGUAAAACAACUAAACCACGUGAGAAACAAACGCCAGCAGAAGAUUGUUCAAAAAGGCACAGCAAAAAGGAGGGUCGGAAAUGCGUUGAAUGUCAGAAGACGAAAGUGUUAUGUAGUCGGAAUGCUGGCUGCACUAGUAGGCCCCAUAAGGACGGAAUUCAGGGGAAGGGCCUUCAAAGCACAUUAGGAGAAAGCAUUAAACCAUUAGGAAAUGGCGGUCGUUGUUGUUCCAAAGAGGUAUUCGACACACGACGUUGGGAUGAAGCUCAUAAACUGAAGGAGUGUCAUUGUAAGCAAAUGAAAAAUCUCUACAGUCAGUCAAGUUUCAUAGCAAAAGUGAUUAAAAAGGACCCAAAAAGAAACGACACGCGCCCACAUGGCAUGUCGUACCAUGAAAAGGGGGUCGUUUCAGACAUCCUGAGGACCUCUCGCAUGGAUGAUAGUGAUACGAAAAAUGACUGCAUUGUCUUAUAUGAAGACCUUCAGCAGAUACCACAAAUGUCAUCCGGGAGAGUUCGCAUUGAAGUUAUCUACUCAAAAGAGCAAAUAAAACGAUCCCAAAAUACAGCUCAGGUAGGCGAGGGCUGUAGUGGGAGAGUUCUCUAUAUGGACGAUGUAAGCUACGUGAGUCCCAGUCUUCACGAAGAUGCACAGAGAUGUCAAUCUUCAACAGUUACUGGACUACACGGAAUUGCAGAUAAGGAUGAUCUGCGUGAAUUUUUUAGAAGACCCAUGAAACCCGUUCUAGAUAAAGCAAUUCAUGAAAGCAGAAGAAAUUGUAGGUCUACACAUAGUCUUUGUCAAUCUAAGAAGCUUGCAAAUUUCAUCCCACAUAUAACGGCGAGCCGAGUUUCAGAGAGUGCGUCUUUAAUUAUACUUAAUCCAGAGGCGCUUAAAAAUAUAUCAUUCACACGUUUUUGGCCUCCUAGUACCAGAAACUGAACGCAAAAGGCAGCGAUCUUUCUUCCUAGCGUCUUGUAAAGAGCACAGUCUAUGUAUUAGAAUAUAGUAAUGUUGGGACAAAGUAAACAUGUAAGCCAAACCAACUUACAGUACCGGUAACUAAUGCCCCAAUAGCAAUUAUCUGAUUGAGAUUCUACUAAUAUUAAUAAUAAACAUACACCUGACAAUA